UCAAGAUGGCGGUGCAGGUGGUGCAGGCGGUGCAGGCGGUUCAUCUGGAGUCGGAUGCUUUCCUAGUUUGUCUCAACCACGCUCUGAGCACAGAGAAGGAGGAGGUGAUGGGGCUGUGCAUAGGGGAGUUGAAUGAUGACCCAAGGAGUGACCCCAAAUUUACAUAUACUGGAACUGAUAUGCGCACAGUUGCUGAAAAGGUUGACACCGUCAGAAUUGUUCACAUUCAUUCUGUCAUCAUCUUGCGACGUUCUGAUAAGAGGAAGGAUCGAGUGGAAAUUUCUCCAGAGCAGCUGUCUGCAGCCUCGACAGAGGCAGAGAGGUUGGCUGAACUAACUGGUCGCCCCAUGAGAGUUGUGGGCUGGUAUCAUUCCCAUCCCCAUAUAACUGUUUGGCCUUCACAUGUCGAUGUUCGUACACAAGCCAUGUACCAGAUGAUGGAUCAAGGCUUUGUAGGACUUAUAUUUUCCUGUUUCAUAGAAGAUAAAAAUACAAAGACUGGACGGGUACUCUACACUUGCUUUCAGUCCAUACAGGCCCAAAAGAGCUCAGAGUAUGAGAGAAUUGAAAUUCCAAUUCAUAUUGUACCUCAUGUGACCAUUGGGAAAGUGUGCCUUGAGUCAGCAGUUGAGCUGCCCAAGAUCCUGUGCCAAGAGGAGCAGGAUGCAUAUAGGAGGAUCCACAGCCUUACACAUCUGGACUCAGUAACCAAGAUCCAUAAUGGCUCAGUGUUUACCAAGAACCUGUGCAGUCAGAUGUCGGCAGUCAGCGGGCCUCUACUGCAGUGGCUGGAGGACAGACUGGAGCAAAACCAACAGCAUUUGCAGGAGUUGCAACAAGAAAAGGAAGAGCUUAUGCAAGAACUUUCUUCUUUAGAAUAAAGCAGGAGACAAAAUGAAGAAGGAUGAAAAUAUCCAGGUGUAAAAUUAAUUAAGCCAAAUCAAUUUUGAAGAAGAAAAAUUUGGAAGACUCACAUUACCUGACUUCAAGACUUACUAUAAACUUACAGUAAUCAAGACAGUGUGGUAUAUGCCCAACUGAUUUUGACAAAGGUACAAAAGCAAUUCAAUGGAGGAAGGAUAGUCUUUUCAACAUAUGAUGCUGGUGCAGUUGGCAAAGAAAAUGAACUUUGACCUAAACUGCAUUGAAAAUUAAUUGAAAUUAAUUGAAAAAUAAUUAAUUUUAACUGAAAAUGUAUCAUGAACUUAAUUAAGUUAAUUGAAAAUUAAUUGAAAAUGUAUCAUGAACUUAUAUGUAAGAUGUAAAACUUUCAGGAAAAAAAAUCAUAGAAAGAUCUUUAGGAUCGUGGUGGGCUAG